UUUAUGUGUGUGUAUAUAUAUUCAUAUUGGAAAAAUAAACAAGCUGGGAUACACGAAGCUGCUGGAAAAAUAAACGAAACUAAACUUAAUUUUCUGCAGGCCACAGAUUGAAUUUUCAUGCAACGAAAUGAGUUUAUUAGAGUUUCCUUGUCUAGACAUGGCCAAAGCGCUGCUUUUGGGAGCGUCGCUCCUGGUACUGCUGGCGGGCCUGCCGACCCCCAUCCUGGCCACAAGCGGCUUACGGGUGCCCACAUUCCUGCUGGAGCCAGCACCGCGCCUGCUCUUCGGCAAUGAUACCGGCGCCCAGGUGACCUGCACCGCCCACGGCAGUCCGCCGCCCCUCGUGUCCUGGGUGCUGCGCGACGGAUCGCUGGCCACCCAGGUGCCGGGCCUCAGGAAAAUAUCUGGCAACGGCACCCUGCACUUCCCGCCAUUUUUGGCGCAAUAUUAUCGCACGGAUGUGCACGAGGCCACCUACAGAUGCCGGGCGAGCAACGAGGCGGGCACCAUACUCAGCAGGAACGUUCAGGUGCAGGCAGUGGUGCGUCGUCAAUUCCAUGUGCACGUGGAAAACACCGAAGUCUAUUUGGGAAAUUCGGCGUUGAUUAAGUGCGCCAUCCCGGAGUAUGUGAGGCCCUAUGUGCGCGUGGCCAGUUGGCAUCGCGGCGAGGAGAUACUGCUGCCGGAUCUGUCGGAUGUCGCGGGUCGCUAUGUCGUCCUAGCCGCCUCCGGGGAUCUUUAUGUGCGCUCUGUGCGCACCGAGGAUGGACUGAUGAAGUUCAGCUGCCUGGUUACCAAUACGCUCAACGGGGAGCGGCAGCGCAGCGACGCGGUAAUGCUGCAGGUUAAAGAACUGAGCAAGAAUCUGGCUCCUCGAACCACCCAAAAACCGGUGAUGGAGAUUCACGUGGAGCGUGGCAACGAUGUUCAUCUGCCCUGCAACAUUCAGGGCAAUCCCUUUCCCAUAUUUACCUGGUAUCGCGUUUCCGACUCGGCGGCCCUCUAUCCCAUACCCUCGUCACAGCGAGUGAUACUUUCGCGAACACUGCUGCUCAUCAAAAAUGCUGACGAACGCGAUGCGGGCAAGUGGAUUUGCCAGGCAUCGAAUCAGUUCGGGGAACAGCGCAUCGAAAUACGCCUCAGUGUCAAUUCGUAUGUGUCCGUGCAUAUAUUGCCGCAAGUUCAAAUUGUCAAUUCGGGCGGAACGGCAAAUUUCAAUUGUACGACAACGGGUUCAGCGAUCGAUGCCAUCGACUGGUUGCACAAUGGCAAGCCGCUGCAGGCGAAUAAUGCACUCACCACCGGCAGGGAUAACAUACGCUUCCUGUCGAAGAGCUCGCUCCUGGUGCAGAACGUCGGACGACGCGACCGCGGUGUCUAUCAGUGUCUCGUGGAGAACCAGCGGGCCAGUGCCCAGGCGAUGGCUGAACUGAAGCUGGGCGACACUGUGCCGGAAUUGAUUUACACCUUCAUUGAGCAGAACGUGCGUCCCGGGCCAUUAAUAUCGCUUAAGUGCUCCGCCAGCGGAUCGCCGCCACCGCAAUUCGCCUGGCUGCUGGACUCACAGCCCAUUAUGGAUGUCUCACUGCACCAUCGGUUUGCGAUCGGCCAAUUUGUCGAUAUGUCUGGCGAUGUGAUAAGCCAUUUGAAUAUCUCGCACGUGCGACCCGACGACGGUGGUCUCUACAGGUGCGUGGCCACCAACUCGAUGGGCAGCGCUCGUCACUCGGCCCGGCUGAAUGUUUACGGACCUCCGUAUGUGAGAGCCAUUGGACCGAUUAAAGCCGUUGCCGGGGAGGAUAUAAUUGUGCACUGCCCCUUUGCCGGUUAUCCCAUCGAGCAAAUUAGAUGGGAGAAGGCGCACCAGGAAUUGACAACAAACAGCCACUACGAACUGGCUUCGAUUGCCGACGGUGAUCUGGUCAUCAAGAGCGUGGAGCCUGCCCGGGAUCAGGGCAUCUAUACGUGCAUUGUGAGGAGUCGCGCCGGAGAGGAGGCGCGUCGGGAUAUGCAGCUGAAUGUGAACAGUCCGCCCGUCAUCGAGCCCUUCAAGUUUCCCAAGAAUCUGCAGGAGGGCGGACGGGCCCAAAUCACCUGUGCGGUCUCCUCCGGCGACAUGCCCAUCUACUUCAGCUGGAAGAAGGACGACAGCAUCAUUCCCAGCAGUUUGCAGAUUACCGAGAAGAAGGAGGAGUUCUACUCACUGCUGGUCUUUAAGGAUAUCACGGCCCGGCACAGUGGCAAGUAUACCUGCUAUGCCAGCAAUGCCGCCGCCAAGGUGAACUUCACGGCAGAGCUCCAGGUGCGAGUGGCGCCUCGGUGGAGCCACGAGCCCAUGGACACGGCCAUCAUGCUAGGCAAUACAAUAUCGAUAAAUUGCGAGGCGGAAGGAUAUCCGAUUCCAGCUAUUACCUGGUUCAAAGGGCAGGGCAAAGGCUCCAAGGACUUUAAGCCCCUUAGCAUGCGAAAUCACUCGCUGCUCUUGAAUCUGGCCACGGAUAAUGACGAGGGGUAUUAUAUGUGCCAGGCCACCAAUGUCGGACCAGGCCUCAAGAAGACCAUUCGCAUCAAUGUAAAUGAACCCGCUCGAUUUGAGCAACCUGCCCGGAAUAUCAGCUCCCGACGGAACGAUCCCGUGACCCUGGACUGCCACGCCAAGGGGGAUGAACCCAUAACGAUUGGCUGGACGCACAACAUGGGACGAAUCGAUCUGAAUAACUUCCGGUUCAGCAUUGCGGAAAUGAAGACAGACCGGGGAGUGGACUCACAGCUAACCAUUGGUCACUCCGAUCGCCAUGAUUCCGGGGUGUAUCGUUGUGUGGCGGAGAAUCCUUACGGGCGGGCCGAGCAGAUAAUAUUCCUGGCUGUCCAGGAACGACCGGAUACACCGUCCAACCUGGAGGUCUUCGAGGUGGGCUCCCGUACGGUGAAGCUUAGCUGGCGGCGACCCUUUGACGGCAACUCUCCGGUGCUCAGCUAUCUGGUGCAGUACCAGGCCCUGAAGUACCUACAGUCCCAUGCCCUGGGCGCGGCUGGUGGGGAUUGGAACGGACAGAAUGUCAUCAAUGUCAGCCUGCCGUCGACGAGCAUUAGUCGCAGCUAUGACACCGACCUGCGGGAGAGCGCCAUUGUGGCUGGUCUGACCCCGGCUACCACCUUCCUGAUACGGAUGCAGGCCAUCAACGAGAUCGAGCGGAGCGCCUACACGGAGGCCAUUGUACUCAAGACCCAGGAGGAGGCGCCCACAGAGGCCCCGUCAAAUGUGCAAGUGCAGACGGGUGGCGAGAGUGAACUAAUUGUUACCUGGCAGAUUCCGCCGCGGGAGUCCUGGAACGGCGAACUCAUUGGGUACACGGUGAAUUGCAGCGAGGAGAAGCAGAACAUCAACUACAUCAGCGUAGUGAAUAGCUCCCAGAAGUCCACCAUUGUCAGCGGUUGGGCCACCACGAAGGCCACGCUGCGUGGUCUGAGGAAGUACACCCGCUACGCGGUCACCAUUCGGGCCAUGAAUGGCUUCGGUUCCGGUCCCUGGAGUGCGGCCAUCUUUGGCUCGACGGCCGAGGGAGUUCCCGAGGCAGCGCCGCAGAAUGUUAACUGCACCGCCCUGUCAUCGCAGAGCCUGAAGAUUUCGUGGCAAGAGCCGCCGCUCCAGUUCCACGGCGGCAUCAUACAGGGCUAUAAAAUUUUAUAUCGCCCGAUUGUGCACCAAAUUGACUUCCCCGCCAAGCUGGAGAUCAAGCGCACCUCCAACCUGGAGACAUACCUGCACACGCUGCACAAGGCCAGCAACUACUCGAUUCGUGUCCUGGCCUACACGGCCACCGGCGAUGGCCUGGCCAGUCCGCCGCUCUUCUGCCAGACGGAUGACGAUGUGCCCGAUGCACCGGCGGCCAUUAAGGCGGCGGCCCUUACCGCCGAUUCGAUUUUGAUUUCCUGGCUGACGCCGAAGAACCGGAACGGGAUGAUCUCGCACUACACGGUCUAUGCACGGGAGGCGGGACGGAAGGGUCAGACCAAGACUCACAUGGUGCGUGUGGACGAGGAUGGGUAUCCGGUGACAUUCGAGUCACGCAGCCUGGCCGAGAAUCAAAUGUACGAGUUCUGGGUGUCGGCCUCCACAUCCGUCGGCGAGGGCGAGCCCACAUCUGUGGUUGCCCAGGCCACCAAUACACGAGCUCCUGCCCGGAUUGCAUCCUUUGGCCAGGUGGUGCGCAAGGCGGUGGGCACUGCUCUGGUCCUGAAUUGCCUUGCGGUGGGUAAUCCCACGCCCCGCGCCCGAUGGCUGACCCGCGACCGACCCGUCACCUUUAGUCCCUUCUAUGAGGUCACCAACGAGGGCAACCUGAAGAUACACCGCGUCGAAGGCAGUUUGUCAGGAAAUUAUACGUGCACGGCGAACAAUCUGUUUGGGAGUGACGAGAUCCAGUACCAGGUGAUUGCCAUGAAGCCGCCGGGCGCACCGCAAAUCAUCGUGCAGUACGCUUCCGCCGACAGCAUACGCGUCAGCUGGGAUGCCCCGGACGACGGGGGAGCUCCGCUCCAGGGAUAUGCCAUCUCCUACCACACGGCCGGUGAGAGCUGGUCCACCACGGAGCUGCUGCCGGAGAAUAAUGCCUACACGAUCUCGGGCCUGAAGUGCGGAAAGUACAUUAUAAAAAUGUCCGCUCACAAUAUGGUCGGCACCGGAGUGGCCAGUGAGGAAAUUAAUGUCUGGACGAAAGGCAAAGCCUCUCAGGCGCCGAACGGCAACGAACUAAUUGCCACAAAUGCGACGUGCGUGAAUUUGAAGCUGUCAUCGUGGCACAAUGGUGGCUGUGGCAUUCAUCAUUUUUCCAUCGAACACCGACCGCUGGGCGACAUACGGUGGACAGUUGUCACAUCGGACAUUUCCAACGCCGAGGAAAAUCGGGAAAAUUUAAUCUUCUGCGACUUUCUGCCGGCCAAGUGGUAUCAGCUGCGAAUCUCCGCCACCAACGAUGCGGCCAAAACGACGGAGCAUUAUCAUUUCAGCACGACGAGCAUCGAUGGCAUCACCAUUCCGCCGCCCUGUUUUCCCUCCGAAAACGAUUUGAUGAACAAUCUGAUAAACGCAACAAAUCCGACCAGCGGUGAUUGGUUCUCAACGUUAAUUGUAGUCGUCAUCAUCACCGUUUCCAUCAUAACGAUAGCCCUGACCAUUAAACAUCGACGCACACUGUGCGGCCCCAUCGCCGAGGGAUACGAGUCCCGGACCUUGCCUGGGGACUUUAAGGAGGACCAUGAAAAUCGUCGCAAUCAGCAGGUGUACAGUGCCUCGCCAGUGAAAACAGUGGACAAGGGAAACGAGUCGGAAAUGUACGAGAUUUCGCCGUAUGCCACGUUCAGCGUUAAUGGCGGACGAACAGGAGCCCCGGCCAAGACUCCCACACGUGCCGUGGCUGCCCAGACGCCACUCGAUUACACCAUGCAGUUUAAGACCUUCGGUCAUCCGGAGGGUGAGAACCUGAAUGCCACUGCCUAUCCCCUCCUGCCCAGCUCGGGAUUCGGACAUGUGAAGAGCAAGUCAAGCUGGCACAAGCAGCGCUACUACAACACUGAUGAUGAGUCUACGCUGAGCAAGUCGAUGACCAUUGUUGCCGGCUCCCAGGCGGGUCACUCCAAGAAAUCGAGUGGCGGACGGAGCGCCAAGAACAGCGGCGCCUGCAGCGGAGUGGUGGCCGAAUCCGAGUCGGACACCAGCAUCAGUCCCAGCACCGAGUUCUCCAAUAUGCCCACCUAUAGGGUGCCCUGCAAGUCAUCGCGUAGCAGCGAUGGUCGUGCGGUCGUAGACAUGUUCCGACCCGAUUCCAGCACGGAGUCCAACAAUGAUCAGGGCUCCCCGGGUCCUGAGCGUCGCCACAACACUCCCCGGCGUCUUGGCAUGGGCGUGCCCAUGGGCAUGGGCGUUGUAGCCGGCGGAGGUGGUGGUCCCGUGGAGAAGCGAAGCGCCGGACAACGCAGCCGAAAGCAUGGAAGCGCGGCACAACAGCCCAGUAACCAAACGUUGGAGCGACGAAAGUGCCCUGCUAGUAGCAACAGUUUAGACAGUGAGGUCGAUGCCGAGACCGCGGCUUCCCUGGCCGCCUCGAUAGCCGCCAUGGCGGGGGCGGGCCUAGACCUGUCCGGUGGAUUCCGGCCGCCGACGGGAUUCCACGACGGGAUCGGCCGCGAGCCCGGCGACCAAAGCGAGUGCGAGCGGGAGCAGAGGGCGCUGGAUCUGGAGGUGCAGCGCGUCAUGGGCACCGGAGAAGCGCAACUGGCCAAAAUGGACCGCGAGGAGUUGACCUCACUGUUGGCAAGGUAUCACGAGAAGAAGGAGCAGGAGCGGCAAGAGUACACGAUACACGUAUAAUACCGCCCCUGGGCAAUACUCGGCAAUGACACUCGUAAAAUCCACACACACACAAGAUGACAUACAAACUGUGGCAUUUAAAUGCAUUUAGCUAAGACCUUAAGUGUUGUUCGAUAAGUGUACACUUUUAAGAUACUUAUGCGCCGGCUAUUUGCAGAAUUAAAUCAUUUGGACAAGGAUCUGUAGGGAAAAGAUGAAAUGGAUGUUAUUUAAAUGCUAUUUCUUUUACUUAAAUGUUAAUAAAUUAUUAAAGCGACACAUAAAGAAAUAAUUAAUUGGUUUCACUUGAAGUAAAUAAUUGCCAUAAUAUUUCAAAACUAAAUUGUUUAUUUAGCAGUUAAAAUAUAAUCGAGUGAGUGUUUGAAAUCAUGUAUCUUUAUAAUUCUCGAGAGUUUUUAAAAGAAAAUAUACUUCAUUUGUAGAUUGACUUAUUUUCCCAAUCAAAAUAUUUAUUUUUGCAAAGAGACAAGCGCAUAAGUCUGGUAUAUUGUAAAAGUUAGUUUGUAAGCAGGCACCCGAGCAAAUUAAAGACUAUAUCUAGCUAUAGAGAUCCAACUGACUAACUAACUACUGAUGUCCGGCAGGAUGUUUCUAUUGGUUUUGAAACUGAUAUUCGUUGCGGGACGAAUUGUACUGUAUCUGCUAGCUAGUAAUACUAUCAAUCUAUAUACACAAGCAGACAUUUUUGCAUAUAUAUAACACAUAUGAAUGUAUAUGUGUAAUCCAAUUUGUUGUGAUAAAUUAAAUUGUUUUGGAGUACACGUUGAUGCGGGAAACAUGUCGGGUUAAUGAACUGCAUAACUCGAUUGACACUUUUGGAGCACUCACAAAUGCUGUUUAUUUCAUCGAUGUCAUUCAGUUAUUCACUUUUUAUUCAAGCCCAUUUACGAGAUUGACAAAAAUCUGUUACUGCAUUUAUUGGAAUAAAGUAAUUAUUGAAUUUAAUUAAAAGUAGAUAAUCAACAAUUAAAUUGUAUGGCUACCUUAGGUAAAAUAUAUACACAUAAAAUACACCUAAAUUAAUAUAUGUGCGGAAAUGGAA